UGAGCACGUCAAGUUGGGAAGGACAGAAAGAGGAGGUGGGGGAACAGGAGAGUCCGCAACGCCCACACUCGCGAACCUCCUCUCCACCCCUUCUCUGUCUGAGGAAAAUGUCGCCGUCUCUAGGCGUAAUCGGCGCCGAACCGCGAUGUAACGAAAACAGCAGGAACGGAGGGAGGAGCAGCUCACGGGACGCUUGGUCAUGCGGGAGAGCGGGCAGCAGGUGGCAGCAGGAGACGGGCGAGCAGCGGCGGCGAGAGGGGAGGAUCACCCGGAGAAGGAGACGGACGCUCUGCGCCUUUUCCGCUGUGAUCGCCGGCUACGCAGCUGCCUCACUGCCGUGCGGAGCGGGCUUCGUGGCGCCAGGCGUGCAGCAGGCCGGCGGCCGAUCAGCUGCUGCUGUACCCUCGUAUGUUCGUUCAGCAGCGCCGGGCGGGGGGGAGACCAGGAGGGCAGGAAUGCGGCGAAGACGACCAUCGGAUGCUGUACACAUGGUUGCAAUGGAGCCUCGCGUUAACUCGAAGGGCUCAGCGACGGAAACGGUGGCGCCGGCACGGCCUCCUGGCAAGGAGGGGCCGCACUUGCCGUGGACGGGGUCGAUGGCGGGCCCGGAGUUCCCCCUGACGUACAUGCCGUUCAUGGAGCACAUGCUCAACGUGCUUGCGCGCUCUUUCGGGGAGAUGACGGCGCUGCCUCUAGCCGACAAGCUGGCCUUCGUAGAGAACACGGACAAGAAGGCCCGCAUGUUGAGCAUGAGCUUCGCCAGCCCGGAGGUACGAAAGGUGCGGCUCACAUACUUCGAUGCGGGGGACAAGGUGCAGGUCCUGAACGCCGUCAUCUACCCGGACCCGUCGCUAGACAUGCCGCUGCUGGGGAUAGAUCUCAUCUCCUUCGGAGGCAAGCACCUGGCGGGGAUCGACUUCCAGCCGCUCUUCGACAAUGACUCUUGUCGUUGCCGGUACUCGGACAAGCUUGCACCCAUCAAGGCGAAAUAUCCGGAGUUCGCCCAGAAGAUGUCGCCGCGCUUCUACGACAGCGCGCGAUUCUUCAGUGAGGAGAUGCUCUUCGGAAGAUACGAAGAUGAGGCCAUUGUAGAGGAAAAGCUUUUCCCGGCGUUCGACGAGUACCUCUCGCUCUACAUCUCCGACCUGCUCAAGGCCGCCGAGGAGGGCGGGAACCCCUCGCCGGAGGCCCAGGCGCGCGUGCUGGACCGCCACCGCGCGUACGACCAGUACAACGCGGAGCGCGACCCGGCGCACGGGCUGUUCCGCACCUACUUUGGCGAGGCGUACAGCGAAGACUUCAUGGACAACUUCCUGUUCGAGCUGAGCACCAGACCGGAGGGUGGCUACCCCAAGGGCACGGCUCGUGGGGGAGGGGGGGGCGCGAACGGCCGGCCAGCGGGAGGGAACCCUCACGCGUAGUUUUGUCACUUCCGUUAUUAUGGUGCAUGUGGUUUUUGUGGGAUGGCGAGCGAAGAUGCUGUCUCUUUGCGCGGAUUUGCAGUGGUUGACGCGCGCCAAGGGUGUAGGGGGAGAGGGUGAAGGAAUGCGAUGUGAUUUUUUGGCUGUGCGUAUGCAUGAAAAGGAUACAGCCCGUUUUUCUAAAGUUUGGCUUGUUUUAGAACGAAGCGUGUUGACUUGUUCUCGGAAGAAAAUAGCGCGUGUUGACACUCUGGUCGACACACACGGCAAGGGAAAGCAAUAAAUGCACAUGUCUAUGUUUUUUUGUAAGUCCUGCUGUCAAGAAUGAUGACUUUUUAUAUGCUGGCGAAGGUACACGGCAACAGGACUAAUCUCGGGCCGUGCAAGGUGAGGCAGCCUGAGUGUUGAUUUUCUUUUAUUUUCCUGUUGGAGCGUGUAGAGGCGAUGAGCGUUCUUUGAGGGUGUACAGAAUGAUGCUGGAGUUGAUGCUCCUGGUGAGGGAAGACAUAAGUCGAGUACACGUGAAGCAGUAGGUUUUUAGUGUUUGUUUGGUCGCGUUCCCGAACGACGAACGUAUCCCUUGAUGUGCUUGGAAUACUGUAGCAAAAUAAAUCUUGCUACCCCAUGCUACAGGCGUUCUUUGUGAGAGUGUUGGACAACAACCACUGGGG